UUGCCUCUUCACUUCAUCAUUCCUCACACUGUUUCUCUUUCCUCCUCGGUCUGUCUCGUCGCCUCUGCAGAUACUCCGGCAAGCUUCUUUCUUUCGUCGGAUCAAAAGAAACAGAGAGAGAGAGAGAGAGAUGGCGUCAAGGAGUUACGUUACUGGUUUCGCGUUAUUCACAUUUGUUUUCGCCGUCAUCUCGUCUCUCGCCAGCGCUCAAUCUCUAGCUCCCGCUCCUGCUCCGACCAGUGAUGGGACAUCGAUAGAUCAAGGGAUUGCAUAUCUGCUAAUGGUGGUGGCGUUGGUGCUGACUUACCUCAUUCAUCCUCUAGAUGCGUCUUCUUCCUACAGCUUCUUCUGAUUUGUCUCUUCAUUUUCAGUUUUUGUUUUUUUUUGUGUGGAUAAAAUUCCCGAGUAUGGUUAUUAAUUUGCUCAUGAUUUAUGUUUUUUUGUCUUGAUUAUGAUCAUGGAUUCGUGAUGAUGAUGACUCCUGGAGAUUGAAUCUCUGUUGUUUUCCAUCAGAUUAUGAUGAUGAUGAUGGUUCCUUUUCUUCCAUAUUCAAUUUAUUCAUAUAUUAUUCCU